CAUAUGUUCUUUGCACUAGUUUGUGUGUGUGUGUGUGUGUGUGUGAGAGAGAGAGAGAGAGAGAGAGAAAUAAAGGGAACAAAAGAGGGAUGUUAUUCUUAUUGUGGUCAAAUAGAGAUGAGUUCAAAACCACACAAACAACAGAAUGGGAGAACGAAUGACAGAAUAAGCAAAGAAAACAAAAGGAGAACAGUCAGUACUGUCUAACAUCCCAAGCCAAAUUAAGAUUUAUGGGUACACACAUUUCAUCUUAAAAAUGAUAAACUGUAGAGUGAAAGAUUAACGAUUUUGCGUCUGAAAGCUUUUGUCUUUUUUAGGCCACAUAACACAUCUGCUUUGUCUUGCCUUGAUGUGCUGUCAAAACUUGUUUAUAAAACCAUUUUGCAUUUGGAAAGACACUUGAGAAAAACCUUCAGGCGGGACCUCAAUAAAGCCACAGUGAAAAUUUCCAAAAUGUUCCAGAAACCGAGCCCACACUUUUUUGAUUGAACCAAUAUAAAUAUAUAUAUAUAUAAAUGAUCAUCUGGAUCAAACGUAUUGGUUUAUUGAUGUAUUUUCCAUAUUUACAGAGAUUUUUCACUGUAAAACUGCAACUGUGAGCAUGUUAACUGCAGCAGUCGAGAGGGACAGGGUUAAACCAGGGAUGCAAACUGCAGUUCAGGGAGUGAGAGAGGCAGAGAAACUGAAGAGAGAGAGAGAGAGAGAGAGAGAGACAAUGUUUUCAGGACUGGUUGAUUAACAGUGGACUUCUUGGGGGAGGUAUCAGAGAGUGCUAGACCAAGAGAGAGAGAGAGAGAGAGAGAGAGAGGUGUAGAUGAAUUAUUCUGUAACUUGUGAGCAACUGAUGAUUUUCUUUCUGCUCUCUUCACACUCACACACUUCUCUUUGGAGAGCCACUGGGAUGUGACAGUAAAUCAGGGAGAAGAUGAUUCAAAGACUCACCGGGAAGGAAUCAAAGAAACAGAAUGCGAGCUGGAUGACCACAUAAAUGAGUGAAACUGGGUAACUAUGAGCCAUAAAGUGUGACCGCUUCAGUUUGGCCUCUGUAGAGCUGGACUCAAACGGUGGAGACGCGCACGGCACGAACUUCAGGAACACUUUGAGAAACGUUCUGUACUUCUGAUGGAUAUCCACACUGAUUCUCUACAUCUGGAGCUCUGAGCCUUGACCGAUCUCUGACCUGCUGCUUGACCUUUGACCUCUGUUCGGGAAUCACAGCAGUAAAACGUGACUCUGGACUCCAGGAUGUUCUGGAAGCUGGCAAUACCUGCCAUUUUGGCAUGGACCCUUUUUGUAUCCACGGAGACCAAAAAACCACGCCCUCAAGGUUCCAUACCCUCCCCUUACAAGCUAAAAGGCAAUGAUUUGUCAUCACCAUCCCACGCACUUGCGUCAUUGCCCCAGCACACAUCAGCACAACGACAGAAGGGUAAACACGUCAUGCUGUCGUCGAGUCGUGAGGCACUGGUGGUCACUGAGAGGAAGUACCUGAAGAGCGACUGGUGCAAAACACAGCCAUUACGUCAGACGGUGAGCUUGGAGGGCUGUCUGAGCCGAACUGUCAUCAACCGGUUCUGCUAUGGCCAGUGUAACUCUUUCUACAUCCCACGCCACCUGACGUCUCAAACCUCACAUCGAAGUCGGAAAACAUCCACGCCAGACCACCACACUUCAUUCCAGUCCUGUGCGUUCUGCCGGCCAAGCCGGAUAACCACGGUUACCGUACGGCUUCACUGCCCUGGGCUGCAGCCGCCAUACCGGCAACGGAAGGUGCAACGGAUCAAGCAGUGCAAAUGUGUGUCUGUUAAUGUCAGUGCUGCAUACUGAGAAGGCACACAUAAGAAACAAUGCUUUAGGGUGUUCCUUUUAGAAAAACUGGGGCCGCUCAACAAUCAAUGUGUGAAACGUGCCAAAGACAACAGCUAAUCAGAAGACUGGCCACCUUCAUUAUGUCUGGACUGUACCGCAUUACGCUCAACUUGCUUAAUGCUUAAUAGCUGCCGAGCAGCACAGCAAUGGAAACGUAGCUGGAUUUUUCUUCUUUUCUGACAGAUAAAAAGAAGCUGAGAGUUCAAUUACAUACAAGACUGAAACAGUAAAUAACAUUCUUAUGUUAAAUUAACAAUGUUUGACCUUUGACCUCUUGAAAGUUUUCUUUAUCAAAACAUGGAGUGUCUGUAUCCCAGCGUUCUCCUGCUUUACCUCAGCAAUGCUGAUUCUCUAUAGAGUGCAACAGUAAAAAUCCUAUUAAUUUUCUCCAUAGGGGGGAAUUGAUUUUCAUAAUUGAUUUCAUUCUAAGCCUUUAAAGGCAAACCGAUGUUAAUUGAUGGUAUAUGCUUCUGUUGAAGCCAUCAGUCUGCAUUAUUAGGGCCCAAGCACCAAUUGGUGUGAGGACCCUAUUGUAAUUGCUCAGUAAAUUAUUCUUCUUCUCCAAAAUGAAUCACGUUUUUGAGGGCCUAAACAUGCUCGAAAACUCAUGAAACUUUGCACAUGCGUCAGAAGUGGUGAAAAUUUAUAUCUGAUAUGGGUUUGAGAAUUAGGUGUGCCAAAAUGGCUCGAUAGCGCCAACUACAAAAUUUCAACCCUCCGUGCUACGUUUCACGUACAGGUAUGGAAUUCGGUAGACAGAUCGUAACAGCCUAAUACCUACAAAAAAGCCCUUGGGUGCAAAAUCUGUAAACCCAACAGGAAGUGAGAUAUUUUGAGUUUUCUCUGCUAAAUUUUUGCAGUUUUUGCCAUUUCCAGACGUUGUACUUUAACAAAC